CAGUACGGUCCUACCUUUUCUUUCAAUAUCCGGGAAUAAUAUGGCGAUCCGAAACUCUGAAGAUAGACAGAGAAUUUAACACUGCUGAAAAAUUGAUUAAUUUGCUAGCAAUUUUUAACGGACGCGCAAACUGAAAGUAAAUCAAGAAGAAAAACCCCAAUAAAAAUAACCUCCAGCGAGAGAGUAAAAUGAAUAAUGAUGCGAAAACCCAUGAUUGCGAUGACUUGAAUGUGCGCUCUACGGCGUAUUUUAACCAACAAACCACAACCAACCAACCGAAAGCAACAAGCAAAAAUAACGCAGGCUCAGGCUCCAAUAAUAAUAACAAUAACACCAAUCAAAAGCCUAACCGACAGUUGAAUCAUAAUUUACCCCGUAUUGCUGCCGCCAGACAUUCGAUAGCCGCCGCUCUACUGGCUAACAAUAGUUUGAAAAGCAGUGGUCGCAAGAUCCUGUCGGCCAAGAAUGAGCCACUGACGACAACGACGACGACAACACCGACUGCGGAGUCAUCAGGCGCAAUAAUCACCUCACCAUUACCCAGCAAUAACCGAUUGAAAGUUAACAACAAUAACACUGCCAAGAUGUCUGGAACCAGUAGCAGUCAGAAUUCGGCCACGCCCACACCGCCCACGGCCACUGGAAGUGUCAGCGGUAGCGGUUCCACGGUCAUAGCCAAUCCCGCUUCUGUGACCAACACUGGAGGAGCAGGAAGUGCAGCCAAAUUCCGAUCCGCCGUGGCAUCAGCGCCCAGCCAAGCACUGCCUGCUACAAACGCUCCCACAACUGCAACUACAACAGCUCCUGGCCCCAGUAGUAGCUCAUCCAGCUCCUCAUCCUCGAAGAAGACUCGAGCAGCAGUGGCCGCCCUGAAGCGACAGGUGGCCUUGCAACAGCAGCAGCCCAUCUCCGGUAAUACCCCCAACUUGACCAGCAAGGAUUCGGCGCAUUUGAAAUUCGCCGCAACCACUCUGCUGAUGGGCGCUGCCGCAGCUGCCGCCGAUAGCAACGCUGGCGCUGCUACCGGUGGAUCAGGAGGAGCAUCUGGAUCGGGUGGAGCAGGGGGAGGGCCUAGAAUGGCUCUCAAUCCUGCUGUGGAUGUGGCCAAUGCCGCCGUCUUGCUCAAGCAAAAGCUUAAGGACGCGGCUGCAGCUGCCUCGGCUUCUGCUUUCAAUCGAUCCGCCACCUCGUCCAUGUCAUCAACCGCCUCCUCAUUGUCCUCGUCGGCGGGCAUCGCGAGUGCCAUCUCCGAGUUCUAUCCCCAGCCCGUCACCACAGACCUGUCUGAAUCGGAGGAGGAGUCUGUAUCAGAGAUCCUAUUGGCAUUCUUGUGUUUAAGGCCAGAUCUCCUGGACGAUAUUCCCGAAUCGGAUCCGGAUAGUUGCCCGCACGAGGGCGAAGUGCGCGAGGAUGAGGACGAAACCGAGGAAGAGUCGGAGGAUUCUGAAGAGUCCGAAGGUGACGACGAAGAGGACGAAGAGGAGAUUGAUGUGCUGCAGGACAACGAUGCGGACGACGAGGAGAUCGACGAUGAGGACGAGGAAGAGGACGCGCCUGAAGUGAGUUCCUUCCUGCUGGACGCGAACAAUAAGCGUUCCAGUAAUCUCACCGCCCUACUCGAGGCCGCGGCCAACGAGAAGGCUCCUGUCCUACGCCACGCUACCCACGCCAUCGACGAGACCAAGCAGGCAUUGACCAAGAUGCGCUGUGCCAACAGUCCCCGCGAUAAGAACAGUGGAUUUUCCAGAUCCCUUGUGGCCGCCUGCACGGAUAAUGAUGUCAAUACGGUGAAGCGGCUGCUUUGCAAGGGCAACGUCAACCUGAACGACGCAGCAGCUUCCACGGAUGAUGGCGAAUCCCUCCUUUCGAUGGCUUGCUCUGCGGGCUACUACGAACUGGCUCAGGUUUUGCUGGCCAUGUCUGCAGCUCAAGUGGAGGACAAAGGGCAAAAGGACUCGACGCCGUUGAUGGAAGCGGCUUCCGCUGGUCACCUGGACAUCGUCAAACUGCUGCUUAGCCACAACGCCGACGUGAACGCCCACUGCGCCACCGGCAGCACUCCGCUCAUGUUUGCCUGUGCCGGUGGUCAGGUGGACGUGGUAAAGGUGCUUCUUAAGCACGGCGCCAAUGUUGAGGAACAGAAUGAAAAUGGACACACACCCUUAAUGGAGGCAGCCUCAGCCGGCCAUGUGGAAGUAGCUAAAGUGCUGCUAGAGCAUGGAGCCGGCAUCAACACCCACUCAAACGAGUUUAAGGAGAGCGCCCUCACACUUGCCUGCUACAAGGGACACCUGGACAUGGUGCGAUUCCUGCUGCAGGCAGGUGCUGAUCAGGAGCAUAAAACCGACGAAAUGCACACGGCCCUGAUGGAAGCUUCAAUGGACGGCCAUGUGGAGGUUGCGCGUCUGCUACUGGACUCUGGUGCUCAGGUGAACAUGCCUACGGACUCUUUUGAAUCCCCUCUAACUUUGGCUGCCUGUGGCGGCCACGUGGAGUUGGCCACCUUGCUAAUCGAGCGAGGCGCUAAUAUCGAAGAGGUGAACGACGAGGGCUAUACCCCGCUCAUGGAAGCAGCUCGCGAGGGCCACGAGGAGAUGGUAGCCCUGCUUCUUAGUAAGGGUGCAAAUAUUAAUGCCACAACGGAGGAGACGCAGGAGACAGCCCUAACAUUGGCCUGCUGCGGCGGGUUCAGUGAAGUGGCCGCCUUUCUGAUCAAGGAGGGCGCUAACCUGGAGUUGGGCGCUUCCACGCCCCUCAUGGAAGCCUCACAGGAGGGACAUACUGAUCUGGUCCGCUUCCUGCUGAAGAACAAGGCUAAUGUUCAUGCGGAGACGCAGACGGGUGAUACCGCUUUGACACAUGCCUGCGAGAAUGGACAUACAGAUGCGGCAGGUGUCCUUUUAUCCUACGGAGCUGAACUUGAACACGAAUCCGAGGGUGGAAGAACGCCGCUGAUGAAGGCCUGCCGCGCCGGACACCUGUGCACUGUCAAGUUCCUCAUUCAAAAGGGCGCCAAUGUUAAUAAACAGACCACCAGUAAUGAUCACACUGCCUUGUCCUUAGCUUGUGCAGGCGGCCAUCAGUCUGUGGUGGAGCUGCUUUUGAAGAACAAUGCCGACCCGUUCCACAAGCUUAAGGACAACAGCACCAUGCUGAUCGAGGCUUCUAAGGGUGGACACACUCGAGUGGUAGAGCUGCUCUUCCGGUACCCGAACAUUUCGCCCACGGAAAUUGCAGCAGCUGCAAAUGCUAACCAAACAGCCCAAGCAACCACAGCACCUCAAGCUGGCCCAAAUCAGAUGCGCCAAAAGAUUAUGAAACAACAUCUUCAGCAUCAAUUGCAGCAGCUUAAUGCUCCCCCUGGAUUGCACGAGUUGUCAGAGGCUGCAAGAGCAUCGAACCAACAACAUUUCCACCAGCAACAGUUCAGCAGUGCCGGUAACGGAUCUUCCAACAUCGUUGCCAUGGGAACUGGUGACUUCCUAGAUGCCGGAGAGCUGCAAUUAACGGCGACGGCGGGAAUGGGCGCUGGAGCUGGAGCCAGCACAACGGGCAGUGAGGCUGGUAUGGAAGAGUAUGGGGAAGUCGGAGGAAUAGACCUCACCACUCUAGGCGCUCAGCAGCAAGAAGGACUCAUUGCCAAGUCGCGACUAUUCCACCUUCAGCCUGGCUUUGAGCAGCAGCAGCAGCAACAACAACAGCAACAACAACAGCAACAACAACAGCAACAGCAUCAACAACAACAACAACAACAACAGCAACCUUCUGCAACAGGCCAGCACCAGUUAGUGCCGUGCAAACACUUCGACCUGGAUAUGGAGCACAUUAAUUCCCUGCAGCCUCCGCAAAAGGCUCCACCAGCUCCACCUGUACUCUUCCACACUGUUUGCCAACAGCCUGUUAUGCAACAACAGCAGCAACUGCAGACUGGUCAGGGAAAGCUAAAGGACAUGAACCCGAACCGACAUCGCGGGAUAAAAGCUGGCGAGGUGGUGGAGUUUAUUGACUGCCCAUUGGAUCAGCAACAUCAAGGCGAGCAGGUGCGUUCACAGCCCUUGGGUGAGGAUGGGAAGACUCCGCAGUUUGCUUGUGCUGGAGAGGAUCCAAGGCUGCAACGACGACGCGGGUUUAUGCCGGAGGUGAAGAAAGGUGAAUUGCCGCCGGAGGGUAGCAGCAAUGAGCCUAACGAGCUAGCCCUCAAAGGAGCCGAUAACAAUCAGCCCGUUACGACAGCAUUGGACAAUAGUGCCUGCGCCCAGAUCCCAGCGCGAAACUCCGGUGGAGCCAUUACCCAUUCCUCGGAAGUUCUACAGAGCACAGCCAUCAGCGACAGACCAAAGGUUAAAGCUACUAACAAGAGUAACCGCAAGCAGGCAGCGGCAGCGGCUGCAGCAGCGGCUCAGCAUGCCCAACAGGUGUUGCCUAAUCUGCAGCAGAACCCUAUGGUAUCCAUCUAUAAUAACCUUCAUUUGCAGCAGUCGCAUCUACAACUUCAACAGCAUCUGCAACUUCAUCACCAGCGAGUUGCACUAGAUAAUGCAGCGGCUGCAGCGGCAGCAGCGGCUUCAUCUGCAAACAUCGCCUACUCUAAUUCCCCAGCUUCUCCUCUCGCCUCACCAACUGGCACCGGCAACUAUGUUGAUCAGCAGCAGCAGUCUUUGGAUGUAGCCCUUCAGCGGAAAACAGCCAUGGAGGAUUUUCGUGGCAUGCUAGAGACGGCGGUGAAUGGUUCGAGAGGCAGAAAGGACCUUGCCCUUAAUACGCCCCAGUUGAACUUCUUCAAGGACGGUUGGCAUAUGGUGGGAGUGCACAAUUUCUUUGGCGAUCAGCCAAAGUCGCCCACUGAGACUCCGCCGGAGAUGGAGGAGACCACAAUGUCCUCGCCAACUGAAGCGGAUCGUCUGGGAUCUGAGCCCCGGGGCGAGAUGAAGAAUCUGGCUACCCUUUGCUCGGCCGCAGCAGCUGCCGCUGCUGUCGCUGCCGCUAACAAAGAUCAGGAGGAAAUAAGUUCGGAGCUUGAGAGUGAAUGCGAGGACGACGUAGACGUCGAAGGUGGUGCUGGUGCAGAUGGAGAGGAAAACACACUGCCGCCGGAGCCCAUUGAAUUAGCUGCUGCUUUGCGCGAAGAUGGCAUCAUUGUUGAGGAAGAGGAGGAUGACGAGGAAGAUGACGAUGAUGACGAAGAGCAAGACACAAAUAGCGGGGAAAUCCAAAAACUUAACUCUGACGACGAAGAUGCUGAGGUGGACAACGAUGGUGAGGUAGACUACAUUGACGAGGACGAAGGUGGUGGCGAUGGCGAGGACGAAGAGGACGACGGAGACGAUGAUGAGUUCUUUUUGGAUGAACCUGACAGUGAUCAAGGGCCCGGAAACAAUAAUAACAACUCAAAGAGCGGUGCCAGUUCGUUGCCUCUUAAGCAGCGGAAAAUGAACACUCGCCUGGAGAACCUAAUCCUCACCUCGCAGACGUUGUGCGACUUCCCGCCUGAAAUCACCAACUCGGAGCUGGUUCAUGUCCUGCCACAAAUAAGCAAUCUCAAGGCGGCGGCCAGUAGUAACGCGGCGCUAAACAGCGUUCUCCAGCAACAGCUGGCAGCUGCUACCGCGGCAGCUGCGCACGCCAAAGCUGCUGCAGUCCAUCAGAAGCAGCAGCUCCAGUACCAAGAGGGAGAUCAGCAAUGCGAAGACGAUGGCGGGGCUAGCGCAAGUGAGUUAUAUUCCGGCCUGGAGCACUUUGCCAAUGAUGGCGAAAUGGAGGAUAUAUUCCAGGAGUUAGCUAGUAGCUUGAACUACCCGGAGUUAGCUGAGUUUAGCCUGAAUCAGAUGUGCAAGGGUAGGUUUGCUGGAAAUUGGGCGCAGUCGUCUGCCAAGUGGACCGGUCAAGAGCAGUUGGUGGGCGUGGUAAGAUCGCCGGGUCUCAUUAACCCUGGCGAUGUUCCACAGGAUGCUCAACGACAAGCAAAUCUCGUCCUCCUGGACUAUCCCAUGCAGCAAAACAUUCAACUCGAGCAGCGCUUGCUCGAUGCUGAGGAAAUGCACCUGCAGCAACACCAGCAAACUCCGCUUUCAUUACUACCCUUUACGGAUGACCAACAGCAGCAGCUUCACCAUCAAGCUUUGCCAAAUGCCGCUGACUUUCAUCAGCACCAACAGCUCGCUUUGGAAAACGAUCCGGAGCUAAAGCAGCAGCUACAGCAGUACUCCAAUGCGCGCAUUAUAAAGGCCGUGGCUGCCCAGCAUCAACAUCAGCAGCAACCUGCCACCAACUUUGUCUACAACGUGGAGAGUAGCGACAAGAAUGCUCCGCCCGUGCAGUUGCUCUUUCAGCUGCCUCCAAACAUGACCCAGCAUCAGGCGCAACAACAGCCUGUUGGAGAGCCCCUUACCGAGCAGCAGCAGCAGCAGUUGCAGGCUGAGCAGGCUCAUCUCUUUCAGCAUCGAACCGGCGGUCAGCGUCCGCCUACCCAAAGUGAACUAGAGCAGGUGGCCCAAGAACUACUGCUCCAAAGGAGUGGCCAGGUGCCAGCAGGAGCUCCCGUCGUCGGUGUCCAGGCACUUCCUCUUAAGCAAAAACACUUCAACCUACAGGAACAGUUGCUUCUGCACCCACCACCGCAUAUGCAGGCGCCCACGUGUGUUCAGCAUCAGGUGGCCACGCAAACGCAUCCAGCUUCUGUGGUAGUGCCGCAGCCCGUUCAGUACACGCAAUACCUGCAGCCUCCCCAGCAACAACAGUUGCAGCAGAAUGAACUCUCAAUUUGGCCGAUGGGGACACCUACUCCAACACCCAGUAGUGGAGUGAGCAGUACCAAGUCGAUGCCCGGUGGCAUUGCGAAAAAGGCCAUUGACAAACAGUCGCGCAAGGAUCGUCGCUGUGUGAUGCGCCAGACACCAGCUGGCAGUCAAGUAAACACCAACCAGCAUCAACAACCCCAGGUCGCAACAGCCCAGCAACAUGUCCAACUUCAGAAUCAGUUGGCUGUUGCAAACACCGCGAGUGUCGACAAGACUAUCGAAAUUGAUUCGGAGACGGAGUCAAACCACGACACCGCACUAACCCUGGCUUGUGCCGGCGGUCACGAGGAACUGGUGGAACUGCUGAUAAACCGGGGAGCGAACAUCGAACACCGCGACAAGAAGGGAUUCACUCCGCUUAUCUUGGCUGCCACUGCGGGCCACGACAAAGUUGUUGACAUUCUGCUCAAGCAUAGUGCAGAGCUAGAAGCACAAUCAGAGCGCACCAAGGAUACGCCCCUGUCGCUGGCGUGUUCUGGCGGCCGCUACGAGGUUGUGGAACUUCUGCUCAGCGUUGGUGCCAAUAAAGAGCACCGUAAUGUAUCUGACUACACGCCAUUGAGCUUGGCUGCAAGUGGGGGCUAUGUGAACAUCAUUAAGCUGCUCCUCAGUCACGGAGCGGAGAUUAACUCGCGCACCGGCAGCAAGCUAGGCAUCUCCCCACUAAUGUUAGCCGCCAUGAACGGUCACACACCGGCGGUUAAGUUGCUUUUGGAUCAAGGAUCCGAUAUAAAUGCCCAGAUUGAGACGAAUCGCAACACGGCCUUGACUUUGGCCUGCUUCCAGGGACGUUAUGAGGUCGUAAGUCUCUUGCUUGAUCGACGAGCAAAUGUAGAGCAUCGGGCUAAAACAGGACUGACGCCCCUAAUGGAGGCUGCCUCUGGUGGUUACAUGGAGGUGGGUCGCGUUCUGCUGGACAAGGGAGCCGACGUGAACGCUGCUCCAGUACCUACCUCUAGGGAUACAGCCCUCACCAUUGCCGCCGACAAGGGACAUCAAAAGUUCGUUGAACUUCUCCUUUCCCGUAAUGCCAGUGUAGAGGUAAAGAAUAAGAAGGGUAACUCCCCACUCUGGUUGGCUGCCCAUGGUGGUCACCUCAGUGUGGUGGAACUUCUUUACGACCACAAUGCUGACAUUGACUCACAGGAUAAUAGACGAGUUUCUUGUCUGAUGGCUGCCUUCCGCAAGGGUCACACCAAGAUUGUAAAGUGGAUGGUGCAGUAUGUGUCGCAGUUCCCCUCCGACCAAGAGAUGAUCCGCUUCAUUGGCACCAUCAGUGACAAGGAGCUGAUCGACAAGUGCUAUGACUGCAUGAAGAUCCUGCGCAGUGCUAAAGAGGCCCAGGCCGUCAAGGCCAACAAGAAUGCCUCGAUCCUGCUGGAAGAGCUCGAUCUGGAGCGGACACGCGAGGAGAGUCGCAAGGCUGCCGCCGCCCGUCGUCGUGAGCGUAAGAAGAAGAAGAAAAUGGAAAAGAAAGAGGAGAAGCGCCGCCAGCAGCAAGGAAACGGGGCUGGCGGUGACGAUAUGCAAGGCGAUGACGAUGAUGCCAGUGACAAGGAUGAUGAUUCUGACAAGGACGAUGAAGACGAAGAGGCAGCGCCGGCCGCCGCCCGUGAGGAGGGCGACUCUGGCAUCGAUCAGGGCUCGUGCUCAAGCGGAGACACCAAAGGUGUGCGCGUGGGUAGUGGCCAAUCCGCCCAACCUACAGAAACGUCAGCAAAUUCCGGUUCAAACCCCAAUCAGGGAAAGAAAAGCAAGAAGCAGCCGAAGAAUAAGUCGGUUACGGUAGAACCAGUAACAACACCUACCCCUCCUGUCAUCACAUCUACUUCAAGCACCGUCCUCAAAGGUAUUACUGUAAAGAAGCAACCGGCAGUCGAAGUAGUUAAGCAACCUGCCGCACAGCAGUCAGCUCCUUUGAAGCGACAGCUGGAGGUGAAGAAGGAGGAGCCCUCUGUUAAGAAGAAGGAGGAGAAGAAUAGCUCGACCAGUAGUAGCAACAAGCGUGAAAAAGAGAACCUUGCACCCAAGGAGGUUUCACUGCCAGCCAAGCAGCAAGCCAGUAACUUCAACAAACUGCAGAGCAGCGAGUCGGCGAGCAAUAUUAAUAGCAGCACCACUACCAACACCAGCACCGCGAGCAUCACCACCCGCAAAGAAGUCGCGAAACCAGUGUCACAAACUGCUAGCAGCGCUAGUUUGAAUUCUACCAAACGCAGCGAAGUAGAUGGGUGGAAAGAAGUGGUUCGCAAAAGCAGCACCCAGCAGACCACAGCGGUGGGAGCGAGUGGAGCUCCAGCGCCUGUUGCAGCCACCAGUUCAGCAACCAGCGUGCAGCACCAUUCACAUCACCAUCUGGCCAAUAGCUCCAGUAACAGCUCAAGUUCCCUGGCCACGGGUACAACUUCAUCGGCAUCUUCGGUUCCUGAAAUGACCUGCAAGAAAGUGCAGGUGCCGGUUAAUGCCAUCUCAAGGGUGAUAGGACGUGGAGGAAGCAACAUUAACGCCAUUCGCGCCACAACUGGGGCCCACAUCGAGGUGGAGAAGCAGGGCAAGAAUCAAUCGGAGCGCUGUAUCACAAUUAAGGGCUUGACUGAUGCCACCAAACAGGCGCAUAUGCUUAUUUUGGCAUUGAUCAAGGAUCCCGAUGUUGAUAUUUUGCAAAUGCUUCCCAGGAUCAAUAGCAGCAUUAAGCAAUCCUCUGGUAGUGGGGCAAAUGCUCCGAUGGCCGUCGGUACUUGGGAUAAUCGCACCGCUGCCGGCGUAAAUGUUUACACCUUUUCUUCGGCCGCAUCAACCACCUCCACAUCAUCCAGUUCGUCUGCCAGUUCUACUACAGCGGCAGGAGCUGCCUACAGCAAUGCGCACAAGCAGCAGCAGCAGCUGCAGCCAGUGAAGGCUCCAAGUGGACGGUCUUCGACAUCUGCAAAGUCCAACGGCAGUAGCUCGAAGGUGUCAACCUCUGGUGGGUCUAGUUCCCGCAAUGGCAGAAACAGUAGUGGUGGGUAUCUCAGUCAGCAACAACCUGGUCGUAGCUCUGGAGGUGGCUCCGCAAAUGGUGUCGCCAAGAACAAGACAGAGAGCUCAUCCAAAUCCCUGCCAGCAGCUCAGAAGACCAAUAGCAUCCCUCCGGGUAAAUCUUCGACGGUGGCUCCUGCAGCUCAGAACUUUGCAAAGGCAGCGGCCAUUUCACAAUCCUCACCUAAAAAGGUUGAGGGCGGUGUCGCCUCUGGAGUGAUCACCUCCGCUGGCGGACGCAGCAGUGGCGUGGUGGCUCCAUUUGGACGUGGCAAACCCGUUGCUGGUCAAGCAACUUCUGCAACUACAUCGGCCACGAAUGUUGCCCAGCUGGGAAGUGGCAGCAGUAACAGCAACAGCAAUAGCAACACUAACAUAUUGGCUGGACCAAUUGGCACCUUUAACGUGGCGGAUGUGGCCGCCGUAAAUGCAGCCGCAGCAGCAGGAGCAUCAACAACAGCCAAGGUGAAACCAAUUGCACCCAUUGCUCCGCCUAGUAAGCGAGUGGGAUCUCCUACCCAAGUCCAGGCACCACAGCCAGCACCAGUCCCUGGCCCUCAACCACAACAACAGCAACCCCAGCAGCAACAAGCUCCUCAGCAACUCCACCAACAACAAGCGCCUCAGCAACCCCCACAACAACAACAACAGCAACAUCCACCCCAGCAACAGCAACAGAAUCUGGUGAUAAAUACAAACCUGCUAAACGAUCUGAUAACCGCAAGUACUGCAAACACCGCCAGCGAUAUCUUUAGCGCCCAACUAGCCGCCAAGUUGUCCAGCGCCUAUUCCUUAUUUAGUGACUACCAGCAAUCGCAAUGGGGCAAACUCGGGGAUUCGGGCAUUGGAGGAGGGGCAGGAGCUGUGGGCGAUGGUCUGCCGCAGGCGGAUGCCUCAAAGGCACCAGGAUACAAUCGCAACAUCCUUAGUUCGCCCGUGGGUAGUUCCAAGGCAUCGUCGAAUCACUCCACCUCACCGCCAGUAGGUAAUGUAAUCCAGCACCAGCAACAGCAGCAACCACCCCAAUCUAGCCAGCAGGCUCUGAACAUAAUUACCAGUGGAGGAGCUGCAGCAGCGCCAGCCAGAUCACCAAUGGUCUCAGCCAACGAGGGAAACCCCACAGCGGGUCAGCCCUCCAUCAAUGGAACCCAGGGACUAGGCGAUUCUGCUCCUGCUCAUUCACCGGGCGUUAUUAAACCGCCCACUGUCGCAGUACCCAUUCAGCGUCAUGUUCCCAUGCCGAUCUCUGCACCGGAGCCCGGAGCCCCGCCCACAUUUGGUGCGAUUGGUUCGAAUCCAGGAAGCGGUAACAAUUCAGCGGCUGCCCAAGCAGCCGCUGCUGCUGCAGCAUCGGCAAUGAUUGAUCGCCAACAGCAGAAUUUGCAGACUUUACAAAAUUUGCAACGAAUGGUGGGUGCCCCGCAGCAACAGCUCAAUUACCCCAUGGAUCCUUCCGCUUCGCCUUAUAUUGUUGAUGGCAAUAACUUGUUACGCCUUAAUCCUCGCGCCUCGCUCUUUGCCCAAGGUAACAAACAGCCACCACAGCCUCCGCCGCAGGGUGGAGCGCAGUCCAAUAUGUUUGGAGGUAAUCAAGGAAGACAACCGCCGGGAGCGGGUGCCAGGCAGCCAGGAGGAGCAGCAGCACAACGUUGGUAUGGCGGUUCUCUGGAGUACCCGUCUUACACGGGAAGGGAUGUGCUGCACCUAGAGAACGGAGCCGGCGGAAUGGCAGGUCUUGGUUCGCCGUCUGCAAUGUCGCCUAACCACGACGAUAUUCGCAAAAUGCCGCGCCCCAUUGGUACAGAGCGUGCCGCAUCCUGGAAGUUCAACAACUUUAAUGUGGGGGCCUCAGUGCUCAGUAUGGACGAUGCACUGGCCAAUGUUCUGCCACCAUGGGCGCACGAACCGAAGGCGCAGCCUCCAGGUUUGCAGCAGCCACCACCACCACCGCAGUCACAGCAACAACAACCGCUCAAUUGGCUGAAGCAGCAGCCGCAACAACAGCAGUACAGGCCCUACAACAACGGACCCUAUCCGCAGCAGCAGCAGCAUGAGCCAAUGAAUAUGCCUAUGGACUACCACAACAUGCAGGCGCCGCCAAACAUGAACCAACAACAACAGCAGCAGCACGUUAACUUGAUGCCUUCUUACGGCUACCAGCAUUUUGUGGGCGCUCCUGGAUCGGUUGACAUCUCCGCACACAUGCCAGACAAGAUGGAGGUGUGGGAUCACCAUGACAAGCACAUGCCUUGGGCCAACUACACCACCAAUUGGUCCAACUGAUGUCUCAGCGACACUCGGAAGGAGGAUCUCUUCGAUACCUGUCGUUCAAGCAACUGAAUGGACCAGCUAUGGCUGAGCACUCUUCCAAAACUACCAGGACCCAGCAGCAACACGUCGACAUCGGUAGCUGUAGCAGUAACAACAUCAGCAUCUCACUGAUUUGAAAAUGCAAAAGCGAAAUAAUAUUUAUUGAAUUUCUACGUUUUCUAUUCGGAUUCUCGGCUUCUUCUCCCCCACUACUUAAUCUUCUAAAUACCUGCCAAUUUUCGUGGAAACCAACAACAACAAACAACUAAACUAACAUCAUGAAGGACUCAUGUGAAAAUUGCAACAUGGCUUUGUUCUAUGGUUAAUCGAUUUAAAUACUUUUGAAUUUGGGUGUUAAUUAUAUUUCGCAGCAUAACUUGAAAUUUAACCAGAAAAAAAUCUAAAAAGAAAAGCAAAAGAAAUGCAAAAUGAUAACAGCGAAUAGCUAAGAAAGAAACAAAAAAGUUCGAAACUGGCGCCCAGGCAACUGGGAGCAAUAUAUAUUAUUUAUUUUUAAAUGUAUUAAUAUUUUUUGAAGAAGCAUGAAGUUAGUGGUAGCUUUUUUGUGUGAUGAGCGCUAGGGCAAAACGAAACGAAAAAGUAACUUUCAUUCACACACAUAAAUACAUACACAUGCACUUACCCCUCCCCCGCCCGCACACACACAUACAAAAAAACAAAUACACCUACUACACACAGAUACAUUUAUUUUAAGAUAGAAGUCAGUCUUAUGAAUGAAACAUUAAAAUGAAAUGUUUAGCGACAGCUAAAGUACACACACAAACUUUUAUUACAACACUUAUACAUAAAUACAUAUAUAUAUAUAUAUUUAAUAACAUUAAUAAAGGCAACAAAUGAAUGUCAAAACUGUAAA